AAGAGACAAGCCUGGGUUCUAGCAGUUCUUCCAGGGUCUGGCUGUGAUCUGCCUUUGCUGCCCGCUGUUGGUCAGUGCGGGAAGGAGAGGGGGCAAGCAGGACCAUGUGGCUACCACCAGCACUGCUUCUUUUGGGCCUCCCAGGCUGUCUGGCCAUUCAAGGCCCAGCAUCAGUGAGAGGCUGGGAGCAGGGGUCAGUGACCGUCCAGUGUCACUACGACCCAAGAUGGAAGGCUUAUAAUAAAUGGUGGUGUCGUGGCAGAAGCUGGAGGACCUGCCAGAUCCUCAUCCAAACCAGGGGGUCAGAGGAAGAAGAGAAGAACGAGCGGGUGUCCAUCAAGGACGAUCAGAGCAACCACUCAUUCAAGGUGACCAUGGAGAGGCUCGGGCGUGAGGACGCAGGCAUGUACUGGUGUGGGAUCCAGAGAUUUGGAACAGACCUGGGGGCACGCGUUAAAGUGAUCAUUGGCCCGGAGGGAGCAAGCACCAUGGCCUCCAAAAUGUUGGCUGGACCAACUGCACAGAGCAAUUCCACGGUGUCAUCUGAAUUGUACAAGAGGAACUAUUACAUGCUCCUGGUGUUCGUGAAGGUGCCCAUCUUGCUGGUACUGGCGGGCGCCAUCCUCUGGAUGAAGUGGGGCUCGGACACCUUGGGUCCCGUGGGGACAGCUCUCUGCAGGAACUGGAACUCUGAGCCAAAGACAUGGCUCCUGAGAGGCACAGAGCCUUCCCACCUGGACCUCACUUCCAGUGGAAGCCUGGGAGAAACACCCCCCAAGUCCUCAGGGGGCAGAGAUGGGGCUGGCCAGGCCAGCUCCCAACUCUACACAGAGCCAGGACUCAGCUCAGGCCCCGCCUGAGACAUCCGCACAUCGGGACUGCAAGCACCUGGCUUCCAUGUCUUCACGUCCAGGCUGCUGGGAUGGUGGACAGGUGUCCCUGCUGGAGAGAAGGGCAGAGAACUGGACAGAGUGGACCCACCCCACCCCAUGCAUGUUUGUGUGUGUGUGUGUGUGUGUGUGUGUA